AAAACAUCCUACAAUUUUGAUCUGCCUUUGGUUAGUCUGUGUUGACCGUUCGUUGAUUAUACACCAAACCAUUAUUUUAUCGCGCCUUUUGUAUCCAAAUUGCAAAUUGCACAAUGUCAUCGUAUAAUUGUCCAAAAUGUCACGCAAAGUUCUCUGGGGCCGGGGCGGCAAUGAUUCAUCUAGAGAAGCAUUGCCAAUUUUGCAACAAGCUGCUCAAAAAUACAUGGGAUGCAAAAGAUCAUAAACAACACUUCCAUCCGGAAUUGUAUGAAGCUGAAAUUAAAAUGAAAACUGCUAAAAAGAUGACAGCUACACAAUCAGCCAAACGUAAGCCUCAUAGAGCUACAAAUAAUUUGGCCAAACAAUUAAAAUCCUAUACGGCAACCACAAGUAACUACCCUUCAAGACGAGUGUCAUCGGCUGCCAACCCCAGAGACCAACAGGACGUUGAAUCAUCAAUCAGUCAUAGUGAAAUACGUUCAUUAGAGAGUUUUGUUGGAAAUUUUAGAAAUCUUCGUUCAUGGCCAGCACCUGAAAACAAUUUUAUGGAAAUUCAAGUACGGCAAAGAGAACUUAUCGAUAGAAGUGUGGAAAAUAUCAGGCCAAUAGCGCUACAAAACAAUUUCCUUAUGGAGGGCAAUGGACAAGAUAACCCCCUGAACGUUCCACAGGGGCUGCAUAGCUCCAUGUCAUGGGUAUCGGUUUCAAGCGAAGAGAGUUCAUCCACAUAUUCCCACGAGCCGGUUCGGCAAGAAGUUAUACCACAAAACCAUUUUCUUCAGGAAUCCAAUGAAGUUCUGAACCCCACAGAGUCUCAAACUGCAGCGAGAGGCUUAACUGCGUUAGCUUCUCAACCAGGCACUUUAAUGGCACAUGCAUCUAUUUCCAAUAGAGAGGAGAUUUCAUCAACAACUUGUCUUGAAAACGGAACCCAGAAGAAAUCCAUUUCAAAUGAAACAGAUCAGAAGCUGCCUGAGCACGUUGUGGAAAUUCCAACAAAAUCUAUCGACGGCAUCCAAUUGCCAGCUUCUUCAGCAGAUACCUUUACGGAUAAUUGGGAUGUUUGGCCAAUAAUGGAAGAGAUGGCUCUCGACGGUAAAACGAUUAUCAAAGAAGAAAUCACCGAUAAAGACGCCUAUGAGGCAUCAGCAAAUUCUACACGGAGAAAUAAAGCCACAUCAAACUCUUCCAGCAGCAGUAAAGAUUCCACUACAACCAACUCAAACGGCAGCAAUUCCAAUUCAGCCACAAAUCCCAACGGAUCUUCGACGAACUCGCGAUCGUGCCGCACUCCAGAUUCACCGGAAUCUGCCAGAGCCAUAGCGCCACGUUCUCCAAUGUCUCCGCAAUUGCAUCAGCAUCACUCCAGUUUAGCACCGCCGCCACGACCGAAUCGUAAUGCUAGCGCUUCACCGGUAAUCAAUGGAGCAACGACAACGCCACCGCCACCACCACAAUCCAGCGCACAAACGGCACAGGCCGCUGUGGCAGCUGCUGCUGCAGCCGCCGCCCAUGUUGAACAGGCCCGUCUUUUGGGUAAAAUACGAAAAUUCCUAGGGUCCCUGGUGCAACUGGCGCAGGAUGUUCACCCGGAGGUCAGUGAUCGGGUGAGGGCGUUGGUCAUUUCCCUGGGCAGUGGUGGCAUUAGUAUCGAUGAAUUCCGUAUGGCCCUGCAGGAGGCCAUUAAUUUGCCUCUAAGGCCUUAUGUCAUUCCAUUGUUAAAGAAUCACAUCUCUCUGCUGCAGAGGGAAAUCGCCGCACUGGCACGAGCAACAAAUCAGACUACACUCCAAUAUGUAACCACCAAUGAAAACUCAGUCAUGGAAUUCUCACCCCAUGGACCCCCUGCAGAAUACAGUGACAUUUUUGUACAACUUGAUGGGCAAUCAUCCAAUGGCGGUGGGCCCACGAGUUUAGUUUUUAAGCGAAGGCCUUCCGACACUUUAAUGGAUCCCCAUGGACACAAUGGAGCCCAAGAGUGGAGUGAUUACAUGGCUGCCUAUCCACCGCCCAAGCGUUUGCAUGCCCAUAACCCACAUGCGCCAGCGCCAGAAUCUCGUAUACCCUUCUCUUCUGCUCAACCCACCAUAUUCGAUUAUUCCACCUCGGGUGUAGCAGCCACACAAUCCGAGGGCACCUUCAACAAUUUAAUGGAGAAGUCCAACCAUCGAGAAGAGCGGGAUAUGCGUUCCUCUGUCUCAAAUGAACCAGCCGCUCAUCGAACUUUGCCCCGAACUGUUAUGCCAUCUGCCAGUAGCGGUCCUGGUGGUGGUGCCCCUGGAGGUUCGGGGCCCAUGCAAGGCGAAGAGGAAUGGAAGAAUAUACACACAAUGUUGAACUGCAUUUCCGCCAUGGUGGAUAAAACCAAACGAGCCAUUACCAUACUGCAACAGCGAGGUGUAGAACCUCAACAGCCUAAUUUUGGAGAAGUAACACCUGCAACGUUGAUGGAAAUCAGGCGGCAAACCGAGGAAAAGGUGGCAGAGUUCAAGAGAAAUGCAGAAGAUGCAGUCAAUCAAGUAAAACGGCAAGCAGUCAUUGAAAUUCAAAGAGCCGUUGUUGCUGCCGAGACCAGAGCCGCUGAGGUAAUGGCCCAAGAACGUUUGCGCAUGGAGAAAUUCUUUGUAGAAAUGAGCCGGCAUUCGGGAAGCGAACGAGAAUUAGACAACAAAUCGCCUUCCAUUGGUGCUAGUCAGAAUGCAUGUUGGAAUUGUGGACGCAAAGCAACAGAAACAUGUUCCGGUUGUAAUUUGGCCAGAUAUUGUGGUGCAUUUUGCCAACAUAAGGAUUGGGAACAUCAUCAUCAGAUUUGCGGCACCACUCGUACUACAGAUCUUUCCACCAAACACCCAUCGCAAGUUAUACCCCUAUCGGCAACCAUACGAGGAGCAGUAACACGUUCGCCGCCUACGCCCGUGCAGACAUCUGGUCAUGGACCCAAUACACAGAGUCAAGCCACGAGUAGCGCAUCGUCAGCACCGCAGCCGAGUUCAUUGGUAGCCAAUGGCAUUGGCUCUAAAUGACGUAUUCGCAUGAUGAAACCCAAAAAGAAAUACAUGUGCUAGUCAAAUUAAACCCUAUUACUAUAAUUACAAUUAAUGGCCCUAUUCCAAUCCUACCACCUCCUACCCCAUAAAAAAGACCCACCCCCUUCCUUAUCCCCUUGGAAAAAUAUCUUACGCAAAACAUAAAAAAUAAUUACCACAUUAAAAAAGAUGAUAAUGAAAAAAAAGAAGAUUUGUGAAAGAUACAAAACUAAAACUCCCAAUUAAUGAUCUUAGAACAUUAAAAAUAAAAAAGAAAUUAAAAAUUUUUAAACUUGACAAAAAAACAAACAUUUCAAAUUAUUCCAAAAAUACUACAAAAUAAAGAAAUACAAAUCACGGAAAUAUCCACAUCAACCAUAGAAACAAUGAAGGCAGAAGGGGGAGGAUAAAAUGCGAAAGUAUGGUAAUACAGAUGAUUUUGAAUUUGUUGGACUAGUGUUUAUUGAAGUCAUGCCCUUUUCAUUCUCUUUCGCUAAUAGAGAGAGGAAAUAGGUGCCUCAACUUGGAUAGAACCGCGUAAUAGUCUAAGCCUAAUGAAAUCAACUGUAGCUUCCACCUCACCACUUUUAAUGUAUUUUAUUCUAGGAAAACUAUUAAUUUUAGUAAGGAUUGCCUCAUUUUCACAAUCAUUUGGUAAUAUUGGGUUGCCUAAAAAGUAAUUGCGGAUUUUUUAAAAGAAAGUAAAUGCAUUUUUAAUAAAACUUAGAAUGAACUUUAAUCAAAUAUAUAAUUGCCAUUUUGUUCGAUAACCUUUUGCCAUUUUCCUGGCAAAUUUAGUAUUCCACGCUCAUAGAACUUCUGGCCUUUAUCUGCAAAAAACUGAACCAAGUGCGAUUUUAUAGCCUCAUCAUUGCCGAAAGCUUUACCAUUUAAGGAGUUCUGCAAAGAUCGAAAUAAAUGGUAGUCUGAUGGUGCAAGGUGGAUGCAUCAAAAGUUCCCAGCCAAGCUCACUCAGUUUUUGGCGAGUGACCAAAGAUGUGUGCUGUCUAGCGUUGUCCUGGUGGAAUAUGACACCUUUACGAUUGACCGAUUCUGGUCGCUUCUCCUUGAUGGCUGUUUUCAAUUUGUCCAAUUGUUGACAGUAAACAUCCGAAUUAAUCGUUUGGUUCCUUGGAAGCAGCUCAAAAUAUACCACACCCUUCCAAUCCCACCAAACAGACAGCAUAACCUUCUUUUGGUGGAUAUCAGCCUUUGAAGUGGUUUGAGCUGGUUCACCAUGCUUGGACCCUGAUCGUUUUCGACUAACGUUG